CAAAGUCCAAAUCCCCCGCUUCCCUCCUCUCUCUCGUGCGCAAAUCUGGCUCUUCCUCUCUCUUUUUUGACUCUGCGCGUUUGUGCCUUUGGCUUGGCUCAAAGUAACCCCCAUUUUGUUCGCCCAUCUGGUGCUUGCUUGUGUCUUCUUGUCCCUCAAGCCGCCCGGAGGUUUACGGAUCUUGCAUCAGUUCGCUACAAGAAAAGAGAGAGAAACCCCACCUCACCUACCGCAUCUAUGUCCCUUUUGCUUUCGUUUUUUCUAUAGUUCUUUCUUCAAAUUUUAACUAUGGGUGGGGAAGGGUGACUAGUGGGAGAUGAUAAUGAGUACAAGGGCACCAAGAUCGGCUCAAGCUCCAGAUUCCCACCUUUUUUCCUCCACUAUGGCCUGCCUCGUGAUGCCGCUUCUCGAUCCGGGAAAGCUGCCUCUUUGCUCACCUAACUGCAGGCGCCAACGGUCCUAACUUGAAGCGCAUCACCACCCACCCAGAUGCGGUUGCUGCUUGCAGAGCUCCGCAAGUUCAAUACUCUGCUAGGCGCCUAGGAGGGAGCAUUUCUGGAGGCGGUGGGAGUGCUGGAGAGGAUGGGUUCUUCAGGGUGCCCGGAGAUAGUCGAGCUGGUGGAUGAGACCAAAGACGCCCGUCCGGGCGGGGUCACCCACCUGAGGGUGAGGGUGAAGCCGGUGGGGCAGGAGCAUGGGGGCCGGUCGUGCUCGGUCGAGGAUGACCUCGACCGGCUCCUCAGAUCCUUCAAUGUGCGCACCUCGGCGCGGGCUUCUGGGCAGACGAGCACGGACAAGAGGCUUAUUGCGCUUGGGAAGGCGCCCAUGUCGAGCUCGGAGAUCGUGGAGUCUGUGAGCUUGAAGCAGGCCCUCAGGAAGAUGUGCAUCUCCCAGGCCUCGGAGAUGGCUGCCAUGAAGAGGAUGUCCAAGCCCGCGGCUGUGUCGAGUACUCCUGAAUCUGGGGCGAUUAAGAAGCUUUAUGCCUCUGUGGUGGUUCCAACAGACGAGGACCAAGAUGGGAAGAACAAGGUUGAGAAGGCCGUUGCUUUGCCUGACAAGGUUGUAGUAAGUUCAUCGGUUAAGUUGGUUGAAUCAGGCAAGAAGGUGCACAGUAAGGCUUCAGCUCACAAGCAUGUGCGAUCAGCGUCUCCAACCAAGACCAAGGUCCAAAAAACCAGAAUCCAAGAUGUCAUCAGUAAUAAGUCACUGGAGGCAAGCGAAGAUCCGACUGCAGGAAGAGCUGUGGCAAAACAGAGAAAGGGUAAAUCUCCAAAAGCAUCUAGUCCGCGAGCUGUUCCAGUUGGAGGCUCACGGCUGGUGUUUCGCAGCAAGUCCUCCACUAAAAAGAAGGUUAAACCGGAACCAGCUGCAGCGGUGGCGUCACAGAAUCAUUGUGAGCCAAAAGGUUCCGGUUCUCAUACUAAGAAGCAACACGAGGCCCCUCAGGAUGAACCCAAAACUCCAGCACCAACCAGCAAGAAGGGUGCUGAUGAUGGCUCUCUCGGCGCCGAAGGAGUUGAUUUUGGCAAAGGAUGCUAUGUCAGUGGGAUCCCUGGUUCACAGCCUGGUGAGUUGUCAAGGUCGAAGGAAAAGGGUGAAAGCUCCCAAAGCUCAAAGAGCAGCAUCGGUGACUACAGCACAAGCACCAGCAUCAGUGAAGAUAGUUAUGGUAGUUUCAGUGCUAAUGGCAGCAGGCCUCACAUGUCAAAAGAUGUGAGAUGGGAAGCCAUGAAGCGUAUAGCGAUCCAACAAGGGACCCUGGGAUUGAAGAACUUCAAGCUUCUCAAACAGCUUGGAUGUGGAGAUAUUGGCACUGUGUAUCUGGCUGAGUUGGUUGGUUCGGACUGCAUGUUUGCACUGAAGGUUAUGGACAUUGAGUACCUAAUAAGCCGGAAGAAGAUGCUGAGGGCUCAAACUGAGAGGGAGAUACUGCAAAUGCUUGACCACCCGUUUCUUCCCACCCUGUAUUCUUAUUUCACGACAGAUAAUCUGUCUUGCCUAGUGAUGGAGUAUUGUCCAGGCGGUGACCUGCAUGUCCUAAGGCAGAAGCAACCUACUAGAUGCUUUUCAGAAGCCGCUGCUAGGUUUUACGUCGCUGAAGUUCUCCUAGCAUUGGAGUAUCUGCAUAUGUUGGGGGUUAUAUAUCGUGAUCUGAAGCCUGAGAACAUACUUGUUCGUGAAGAUGGGCACAUCAUGCUCUCCGACUUUGAUCUGUCCCUGAGGUGUUCAGUUAAUCCCGUGCUUGUGAGGUGCUCAUCAGUAGGAAGAGAUGAACCUCCUAGGCCUUCCGGACCUUGUGCUGAAAGCUGCAUCGAUCCACUGUGUAUCCAGCCAUCCUGGGCCAACUCUUCUUGCUUCACACCUCGGCUGGUAUCUUCUACACCUUCCAGGACACGGAGGGCUGAGCCCCUGAAGAAACCAUCACUUCCGCAGCUUGUCGUCGAGCCCACUGACGCGAGGUCAAAUUCAUUUGUGGGGACCCAUGAGUACCUUGCCCCGGAGAUCAUCAGAGGAGAUGGCCAUGGCAGCUCGGUCGAUUGGUGGACUCUUGGCAUCUUUCUGUAUGAAUUGCUCUACGGCAAGACACCAUUCAGAGGACCUGGCAAUGACGAAACACUUACAAAUGUGGUCUCACAGGGGCUGAAGUUCCCUGAUAGCCCAGCUGUCAGCUACCAGGCUCGCGAUCUGAUCAGAGGGUUGCUUGUGAAGGAGCCAGAGCUCCGGCUAGGCUCGAGGAAAGGAGCUGCCGAGAUCAAGCGGCACCCCUUCUUCCAAGGCCUGAACUGGGCCUUGAUCCGUUGGACUGCACCGCCCGAGACCCCGAAAAGCGUCGACGCCUCAACCCUUACGGCAGCGGUGGCACGGAAGAAGAAGGAAGGCAAGUGCCUUGAGUUCCGGAUGAAUGGAGACGACAUUGAGUUCGAGCUCUUCUAGUGGUGGCAGUAGUAGCAGUAGAAGUUGUAGUGGUAGUACGUUGUGUUCUGAAGAAUAUCCACACCGUGGUAGCUAGAAGUAGUAGUCCCACAGUUCCCCACUCCCCACUCCCCUGCAGUUUUUCUGUUGAAAAUGAGUUAUCAGUAGAGUAAGGUCGGGUGUUGUGCCUGUUUAUUCCUUGUUAAUACCAUCAGAUAUCAGAUGAGCCA